UACGUAUUUUAAUUUAUGAUACGUACUUCAACUGUCAACAUAUAGUUUUAGUUAUCAGCUAGGCGUCUGCAAUCGUUACGCCCAAGGGGAAAAAGGGCCUAUUUUUUUUCCAUGUUCGAAACCCGUCUGGGUGGUAUCAACGAUCAGGUGGCCUUGUCUAUUUUCUCAGUGCUCGGAAUCAUUACUUUUUUAUUGAGAUCUGCACAUCCUCAAGAAUUCAGUAUUCAAAUUCUGGGUUCUCUGCAGACUCCACAGUUGUGAACUGGGCAGCAACUGCAACUGGUAGGAGAGCUUCCUUUAAGGGGUUGAAACUGCAAAAUAUUGGGAAUAUCUGGCUUGAUUGUUAGCAUAAGUUUCUGAGAGAAGGAUCUUCCCAGUUUCUUGGAGAUGCGAACAUGGAGAAACCGCGAAAGAUCACUCAGUACAGGGAGAGGCUGGACAGAACACUAGCAUCUCCUAGUCUAACUGAUAAGGAAGCAUUGAAAACCCUCGUCAAGAAUCAGCUGAUUCGUUCCAAGGAAAAUGAAAAUGAAGGAUGCAGUGAGAAUGAGGUUGAAGAAAAGACGGCUGAAGUAUCCAAUUUACUGGACAUGUUAAGAAGUGCUUCCUUUGUUGAUGACAAGGGAUUGAAUACCCGUGAGACCACAACCCAACCCGAAUGGAAAUUAAAACAGGAUAAUGAAGAGUUCCGUGUGAUGUAUCGUGAGGGGAUUGAAGGCAGUCCCUUUCAUACAUUACUUGCUGAAGGCUAUGUAGACGGGCCUGUAGAUGUCUGUUUAUGCAUCUCGUGGGAGUCAGAUCUUUACAAGAAAUGGUGGCCUCAGUCUACAGUUCCAACUUUCAAAGUCCUCUCUACCAAAUGUCUGCAGAAGGUCCGGAUCGGUGAACAGAUAUCUUUAGUGAGGAUGAAAAUUCCAUGGCCACUUUCACCUAGGGAGGCUGCUAUGCACUAUUUUAUGUUUGAGUACUUCCAAGAUGAUCUGAUUGUUGUGCUCUUGAAAUCGAUCCCCGACUUGGAAAGCAUUGAUGGUACUCAUUGUCCCAGCAAUGAGGCUACUGCUGGAGCAAAGGAUGCUGUAAGGAUAGAUUUGGUGGGUGGCUUUGCUUUGCAGAAGGUUACCAACGAAAGAAGUUACUUUCGGACAAUAGCAAGUAUGGAUAUAAAGAUGGAUUUUGUCCCGCCAUCCCUUAUAAAUUUUAUCUCGAGGCAGCUCAUUGGCAGUGGUUUCAAACUCUAUCAAAAGGUAGUGUCUUCUAAGCUUAACUGCAACGAAGAUUACAGUAAGGUCUUGAGUGGCCCGCUGUACUCUCGGAUACGUGAAGCUCUUUAUUCACAUAAUGAAUCAAAUGGGGCUUUGGAAGAAAACAAGCUACACAGUGACGCAUUCAGUCUCUUGGAAGAACAUCUGGCAAAAGAUAAGACAGAUGAGAGUUUGGUGGGUGUGGAUCAGAAAGUCGAUAAUGAUGACCCUGCAAUUGAAGCUGCUCCAGAUGAUGCACAAGUUAACCUUGCAAGUGAAGCUGCUUCAGAAGUUGCACAAGUUAUAGGUGGAAGCUCAUUUGGUGAGAUUGAGGAGGUAGAGAGCGAAGAAAGCAGGCAGUUUGAGGUUCAAACACCCAAUAGAGUUGCUGAAAGGGAUCGUGUAAAUGGAAAGAGAAAUGUUAUGAUCAGUUCUGAAGUGGAACAAGCUCUCAAAACAUUAGAAAAGGUAAUUUAUAAGGUUCGGAAAUGGAUCGAAUGCUCAAAUUCAGUCCUCUUCUGGCUUCACCAAUGGAAUCCCCCCAAAGGAAAAUGAUGUAGGUAACCCAAAAUAUUUAGAAGGUGGAGUUUGCGGAAGUGGUGAACAUGUUCUUGAAGUAUCUAAAGAAGUCGAGACGACUUUGCCCAAGUCCGCAAGGAAUAGUAAUGCAGGGUCGAAUUCCUUGUCGAAGGAUGUUCACCCUAACAGAAUAGUACCUACUUCCCUAGAGCAGGAACUUUCGAUUUCUUAUGACAGUAACCAGGUUGCAUUGCGUUCCUCCAAGGACGGAACUGCAGAGGUACCUGUUGUGGAUCAUAUUAUGCAUCGAACAGACCAGAUGAACUCCGAGACAAACGGUGAUCAUGGAAGUAGCCCUAGUAGAACAACGAAGUCGAGGCAGCAUGGAGCGCAACGGUUCUGUUGCUUCAGCAUCAGUUAAACACGCAGAUUUUUAAGAGGUGGCAAGAGGCUGAAAUUUGAAAGAGUGGAAUUUUGUUGAAGUCACUAUGGUUUUAAGCCUGGUAGAUGACUUGUAGAGUGGGUUUGUGAUUGUAACAUGAUACUUAUGAGUCAUGAGAAUAACUGAUAUGACGCUCGAAGAUAUAAUAUACUGUUUUUAGGAGGUUGAUGUACAAUAUUUUAGAAUAAUCAUCUACAAUAAUGUUUUAUUAAUGCAACUCCAUUUGCCAUG